AUGAGUCAGGGAGUAGUAAUUGGACCUGAUGGCAUUGCUGGGUGGGACAAGGUCCAGGAUCUGGCUGCUUAUUUGGUAGGUCUUCGUGAGUCUCCUUACCUCACUGACCUGCAGGUGACAGAGGCCAUCCAGCUGUGGACAGCUCUCCUGGAUGUUGAUAAACAGCGCAUCAACUACCAGCCUCGACAUCAGCCUCAGCUGACACAUGGGCGCUUUAAGGCACCGAAGCGCUCCGGAGUCACUCCAGGUGUGGAGAGCGUCAAGCGCUGUCUGAUUGGACAUCCUGAGGGUCCAGCACAGUGGCCUAGCACCAGCCGCUUGGUUGAGGCCAUUUGUACAAAGCUGUGUGUCGUACACAAGUCCACUUCCAAGAAGGCUGGUGUUCGCACGCACAGGUGGUCUAAAAUACUGACCGAUUACCACCACAUCCGGGAUCUGGUGCUUGGCAGUCGCAGGCUGAUGGAUGAAACAGUGAUCCAGCUUUUUGAGCUAAAUCAGAAGACGCUCAUUCAGUGGUUUCAACGGAGGCAAAAGGAUCAGGAAAUGAGUGUACUCACUCAGGGACUGACUCCACUUGAUCCAAUUGCUGUGGCAGAUACGCAGCUUCCUUUGCCGAGGGGAAAAUUGGACGAGGCACCGACAACAUCAGGCCCCAAACACCAGUUUGUCUUUCCUCCAAAUAAAGAAGGACAGGCACCUCUUCUUCGACCUGGUCGAAAGUCUGCUUCUGCAACCACCACAGUUUGCUCCUUCCUGCCGGAUGCCACCACGGUGUGCUCCUUUCCACCGGCCCCCACGACGGUAUGCCCAAUCGCGCCAACCCCCACCACAGUCUGCCACAUUGCACCAGCCCCUACCAUGGUGUGCCCCGUCACACCGACCUUCACCACAGUGCGCCCCAUCUAGCCAGCCUCCACCACAGUGUGCCCCAUCAUACCAGCCUCCACCACAGUGCGCCCUAUUGCGCCGGCCCCCACCACAGUGCGCCUCAUUGUAUCUGCCCCCACCACGGUGUGCUCCUUUCCACCGACCCCCAGCACGGUGUGCCCCAUUGCACCACCCCCCACAGCACCAGGUGUUGUGCAGCCCAUUUCAGGACCUGGAUCAGUUUUUGGCACACUU